AUGGAAUACCAUUACAACAGUGGAAAACCCUCAUUUAUCAACCAUCCUUGAUAGUCUCGAAACUAGAGACAGUUCAAGGAAAUAUUUAGAAAUAUAUAGAAACCCAAAGGCGAAAUGGCUGACGAAAAGUUCAUCAGUGCUGUAGAUGAGGUAUCCCCGGGCUCGGUGGAGGAACCCCCAACUGACAGUCUGUCUGGGGACCCGGGAACGCUUGCCAGGCAACCUACUGCUUGUUUGACUGAUACCGGAUCAGCAUAUAACAGAUCAGCAGACACCGGAUCACCAGAUAACGCAUCAGCAGAUAACAUAUCAGCAGAUGACGGUUCACCAGAUAACGGGUCAACAGAUAACGGAUCACCAGAUAUCAGAUCAGCAGAUGACAGAUCAGCAGAUACCGGAUCACCAGAUGACGGAUCACCAGAUAACGGAUCAGCAGAUAACGGAUCAGCAGAUAACAGAUCAGCAGAUACCGGAUCAGCAGAUAACGGAUCAGCAGAUAACAGAUCAGCAGAUACCGGAUCACCAGAUGACGGAUCACCAGAUACCGGAUCUUCAGAUAUCAGAUCAGCAGAUAACAGAUCAGCAGAUACCGGAUCACCAGAUAACGGAUCACCAGUUAACGGAUCAGCAGAUAUCAGAUCAGCAGAUAACAGAUCAGCAGAUACCGGAUCACCAGAUAACAGACCAGCAGAUAACAGAUUACCAGAUAACGGAUCACCAGAUAACAGACCACCAGAUAACGGACCAGCAGAUAACAGAUCAGCAGAUGACGUACCACCAAAUGAUCUUUCAGCAGACACAGUACCUUCAAUGGACGAACCACCAGUUGACAAAUCAGUGAGUGACUGGUCACCAAUCUUAUUUCGCGCUCUGGACGAGACGGAUGACGAUACAGUAACAGACACGGAGACAGUUGACAGUGCUCGUCCGACGUUUGGGGCGUUCGGCGCCUCAUUGGCCACACAGAAGCAGAAAAAUGGCCAUUAUUGCCACCGACUCCAUCAAGUUGAGGAGGGAGUCUGUAACCAUCUCCGGUCCGGAGAUGAGCUGAGGUACAUCAACAAGACAGACGUGUCCUCGUGGAAUCAUCACGAGGUGCUGGAGUCGAUCCGCCACCUCAGGGAAAGGGUCACAUUUACAUUCUAUCGGAAGUGUGAGGUCUUUGAGAAAGGUAACAUGAUGCGAACCGAAGACACCUUUGUUGAGAUCACCUUCAUCAUCGCAGACCAAGACUCCGAUGGAAAGGCGCCGACCUUGGACAAAGUAUUUGCCCACAUCAUUGAUGUCACAUACAAGUUUAGCAAGAUGAUAAGGUAUAACAGUUCGCUGACAGUUAUGACAUAUCUCGGCAAAACAUGCGUGAAGGUAGCUCACGGAGUGCAGAUACAUCACUUCCUCCGUGCACUUGGCAACAGAGCAGUCAUGGAACAGCAGCGUGGGCAGCUGGAAUGCUAUAAAUUCUGGAUGUACAGCUAUGCUGUGAAGGAUUCUAAGGAUGACAACGGGAAGAGCGUGGUGGCAUUUCAGAGUGUAAGAUGUCAGCUGUUCCUGAUGUGCAACAUGAGGUCCAAGAAACUCUCCCUGGUCAAGAAAAAUAUUGAUUCCAGCCUGACGAUUAUGAAAUCCAACAGUCCAUGUUUAUUCUUGAUGUCUUCAAACGGUAGCAAUGCCUCCUUUCUUGAGUCCGUGGCCUAUGAUGGUCUUUUUCUGGGCUACGAUGCCGUUGACGAACUGGAGCUAAACAGACUGCACCGAGGGGACAUGUCAUCAGUUCGAGUCCGCGCCAACUUUUCCUUCCACAUCACACCAACAACGCCUUAAUGUAGUUCAUGCGGCCACGAGUCUCUGCGUGGUGAAAUCAGUCUGGACCGGUCUUAGGUGGAACAGUAACUCAAGCUUCGGGCCCACAACCAGUUGAUAUUCUGCCUCACCUUGAAAAACAAAAAGAUUUUUUUAAAAGCUUCUUCACACAACGUGGUUUUGUAGCAGAUUAUGUCUUUUGGUGUCAACAGUCUCUACAUUAUUAUUUGUUUCAAGCAUUUUCUGGAACAUUCCGAUAAAAUUCCAGGCUCCCGAUUAUAUAUUUAUUGCCCUGAUUAUUUAUCUCGAUUUGUCAACACCACACUUGUGUAUAUUUCCAGACACUUCCGGUCCUUAUUAGGCGUCCCUUUCAGUUUCCCUUCAAAUAUACGAGGAUUAUAAUAAUAACACAUUCAUUUCAUGAUGUAGUUAAGUUUAGUGUGUUUUGCUUCUUGUCUAUUUAUUUCUGCAGAAGAUAUUUGAAGUCAGUGUGGGGUACAGUGCACUUGCAUUUACGUAGAAACAAUACUUUUCCUGCAGGGAUUUGAUAUUGCUUUUACAAAUCUGUAUUGCUGUGUAAUGAAUUACCAUGUAAUGACAUUAAACUAUAUUAUAAGGCAA